CUCUCUGCCACUGUUCCACGUCACUUUUACACAACAAUAACUGAAGCGCCACCGUGGUCUGUACAACGUGUAGCGCCUUUCUGGACAACGUGUACCGUCCUUCGGCUCUGAAGUGCAUGGCCUUUAUAUACACACACAAAUGCACGUAUAUAUAUAAAGGCUGAUAACCUGUGCUGGACCUUUGCUGCGUGUAUGGCCGUACUUAAACACCGGGUUCCUGAGUGCGAAGAGUGAAGACCUGAUAGCCUGUGAGCCAUGGCGAUGAGAUGGUUGUUGAUCGUUGUACUGGCAGUGUGGGUUGUUGUGGCUGACGAAGCACCCAGAGGAGAGGACCCGAUAGUCGACCCAAGCAGUCCUGAUUACGUCGACAGUGUAAAGCACUUCGCCCAGCAUUACGCUGAGGAUAUCGCCCACAAAUACACGCGAGAGUUCAACACUGUCGAGUACCCCGAAAUCCCGUCGAGAAAGUCAUCGACAUGUAUUUCUCAUGAAGGCAGGAGGUCAUCCCGUGGUUGGAAAGCUUCUCCCUUGUUCGAAGCCGAGAGAGCGUUCCGAAUCGCAGCUCGAGCUCAUUCCCGAUACCCUUAGGACACAAUUGUUUAUAUCUGUUGUUUUCUUUCAUGAGUGUGAUUCUGGGUGUGUUUUCCAUUGUUUUGUUUGGCCGACAUAUAUUUUCACUGUUAAGUUCACAUCUCAUCCAUGAGGUGAAUUUUCCUCAUUACAUAUUGUUGAUUUCUUUACUUGUUACAUUGUUCGUAAUUUCUAGUUCCGUCCAUUUAUAUUUUACUCUGAAUUUAAUAGUCGGUGGUCUGUAAAAACAAGGACUUUCAUGAGUCUUCCUGCGUAUCUAUACUUAAAGGAAGUUCUUCGCCUACUCCCUGUCUGACAAAAAGACACAGGAAGGUGGAGAGCGGACGAAGCAACUAUUGAUAAAAGAGGGGGAGGGAGAAAUGGUAAUCAGGGAAACGCAGGCCUGCACUGCAGUUCACACUUACCUCUCUCUCUUGUAUCGAUAGGCCAGCUUGUGUUUUGUGUUUGUUUGUCACUUAAGUCCUAUCAAAGAAGCCGGUUCUGGUUCCUACGGUAUAUGUUUAAGUGUGAAAGUGUUGUUAGUGGAAACCGAAACAAACAGGAAGUUUAGGAAUUACAUAUUUAACAGAUGGACACUUAUAAAACAACAUUUUCAUAUUACAGCCUUGAGCAGAUGUUUAUAUGUUAGACUGGAUGUGGAUUACUUGUGAGAAAUGAACGUGUUAGUAUGUGUAUAUGUAGAGAUGCAUAUUUCUUUGUAUUCAUAUGUAGAAUCUUAAAAAUAUAAUAAUGCAACACUGUUAUCCAGCACCUUUUAAAGCUUCCUGUUAACGUGAAAAAAGCCGCUUGCCAAACUGUACAUAAUCGCACAGAGUAAAGUGAUUUUUCUUGUG